AUGUGUGAAAGCCGACCGGAGAACACAACCUUGGGGGCAGAGAGCGGAGAUACGGGUCACAUCCUCAAUGUUACUGCUUCUAACAGGCGUAGAGCUUGGGUGAGGUAUCGAGUGGAACAUCGCCAUGCUGACACGGAUGGACUCAUCAACAGCCAGAAUGUGGACGACUUCACCGUUGGAAGUUUAGAAGCAGAACCCAAUGUUCCCGUGUUCGAAGUAGUCGGAACUUAUAAGACAAGCUACAGAUAUUCAUCCUGGAGUUCAACAGACGAGGCCCCGCCCCUGACAACAUUUUCGGCACCUACUUUCCGCAUGAACAUCUACUCGCCGGCCAUCAUCAAUGCCUUGCAAUCAGUUGUUAAAUACUACCCAUCGCAAAAUCUCGCCGGCGACUUUGUAGAUGUAUACUGGCCAUACCCGGUGCUUGUCCACCAUUACGAUGAGCUGACCGCAUUUCGAACCACUUGCGCCAACAAAAAAGCUAGCGACAUGUGCAUCCGAGAGAAGGAUGCAGACGAACAUUUGGGCAUUCUCCUGAAAUUUCUUGACGACAACAUCAUGAAGGAUGUGCGCGCUGAGCAAGAGCGUAACAGGAAUGGCUUCUACACUUUCGAUUAUGCAUGGGUAGCCAUGAAGCCCGGCACCACAGUCUUGGUGGACUUGUCGGAUGCUACUGAUAAGUCUGCUAAAGUCAUACACUCGGUCGUUGGUGGAACCUUCGGCGAUCGACCAGAACAAUGGGAGAUUAUAUAUUGGGACUUAUGCUAUGAUGGUAUCCGUCAUCGGCUUGUAUCGGAUGAAGACCUAAGCGAGGAGUCUCUUACAAGUGGAGAGGGAGCUGUGGCUCAACAAUAUCAAUACGGCAAGGUAUAUUGGGAACUUCUUCAAAAGCAAUGCAAGUAUCACAAGGGCACAAGUUGUGAUUUUCCUUACAACGAAGUCGAAGGUCUUGUGAUGAUAGACCUCGCAGCCCAAUACAUGGAGCGUGGAUAUGAUAGACCGGUGUUGAUGGGAGAUGAUGACUGUCGAAAUUGGGCGACUGAUUGUGUGUGCUCCUUCUGCCGCCAAUACAAGCCAACAGCGCGAGGAAAACCAGCAUCUGCCUUCAGCAAGUACAAUUACAUCACGCUAGAAGAACAGUUGACUUCCCAUCAAUACCUUUUGUGCCAGUACGAGGUCAUGGCAUUCAUUUUCGCAACCCGCCACUGGGAAACGUUGCACGUCAAGAACUUGGCAGAACCAAAGUUUGAUGAGGACAUGAUCAACAACCUAGUCAUGGAAGAGGACCGGAAGAAAACACUCAAAGCUCUCGCCAAAAGUUUCGCGAGGAUCGAUAAAGAUGGCAACGAGAUGCUAAGGGACAUGUGGGCUGCCGACUUUGUCAAAGGGAAGGGUCAAGGUCUGGUUCUGUUGCUUCAUGGGAAGCCCGGUGUCGGGAAAACUUGUACUGCCGAAUGUAUCGCGGCAUUCACCAGACGACCGCUGAUGGUUCUGACCUCGAGCGAUAUUGGCACGGACCCGGUCCGAGUAGAAGCAAACUUGACAAAGAACUUCAAGUUAGCAAAAAGUUGGGGGGCCGUGUUACUGAUCGACGAGGCUGACGUUUUCAUGGAGCAAAGGACAUCUGACAACUUGAUUAGGAACAGCUUGGUCGCAGCCUUUCUACGAGCACUUGAGUACUACAACGGUAUCCUGUUUCUGACAACGAACCGGGUCGGAACAUUCGAUGAUGCCUUCAUCUCAAGAGUUCAUCUUCAGUUGUACUAUUCGGAUUUCGAUGACAACCAGCGGCAGAAGAUUUGGAAGACCUUCAUGGACCGAUUAGACCGCGAGCGGCGGAGCUCCAUCCGCUUGACUAUAGCUGCCAAAGAAUACAUUGAGAGUGUCAAGGUCAAAGCAGUCAAGUGGAACGGAAGAGAAAUCCGCAAUGCUUUUCAAACAGCAGUAGCUCUGGCAGAAUACGACGGAGAAAAAGACGAAGAUGGCAGGAUCCGUGUGACAGAUGCACACUUCAAGCCGAUCCUAGAGAUGUCGCAAAGCUUCAAGAAAUAUCUGGAAGAACUACAUAUGGGUGACGAGGCAAAGAGGGCGGAAAGGACGUAUGCCAGGCUCGAUGGUUAUAAACAGUAA